UUUUAUCAUACGAAAUUUUGCGUAAUAUUUAAUUUUAACUAUCAUUAUUCAGCGAUUUAUCUCGUCAUGAAUCUUAUUGAGCAAUUCAAAGAUGUCACACUCAGCUUACCCAAGCUUCCGGUUCACUAUGUUGAUACAAUCCGUUCAGAGACCGGACAAGUGACUCCGGAUCACAUGCAAUGUAACGCAAAGCAGCCCUUCGGUACCGGUCCAGUUUAUAAAACACCGAUUACUGGUUAUAAAGUGUUAGCCGACGGUGAUGGAGUUAAAACAGUAUACGAAAUGUCUAUUAAGGAGCCUCCGAACAUGGAAGAAUAUUUUCCGGGUGAUACAAUUGGCAUUCUCACGCAGAAUUUAGCGUCUGACGUGGAGUUCAUGUUGGAUCGGCUGCAUCUCACAGAAAUUGCGGACUGUGUAUACGAAGUGAAAUUAGCCAAACCCGUCAAAAAGAAGAACCCUGAAAUUCCGGCCUACAUACCAAAAUUCAUUACACCAAGACGGUUGCUCAGCGAAUGUUUAGAUUUCAGAAUUAUACCGCGUAAGUUGUUCUUACAAGUAUUAUCUACUUACGCAUCUGAUCCUUGUGAAAAACGGUUGCUUGAAAUAUUAGCGUCGAAGGAUGGGGCAAAUUUCUACUGUGAAUUUAUACUAAGAAACGAAAUGACUUUGGUACAUUUGCUGAAAAUUCUAUCUUCGUGCAGGCCCUCACUCGCAGCACUGAUUGAACAUCUACCCCGUUUACAGGCCAGACCUUACUCAAUAGCAAAUUACAAUAGAGGUGGUCACAUACGUAUUGCGUUUGCUAUGUUAAACGACGGUAAGAUAGGUAUUACAACCUCGAUGCUUGAAAAUAAGUUACUUUAUGCUGGGCGGUACGACAAAUAUCUGUAUAUAUAUCUUAGACAGAUGAAACCGGUUUUCCACUAUAAAGAGGAAGAUUUAGAAAAAAAUAUCAUUAUGAUUGGGCCAGGCACUGGAGUGUCACCAUAUUUGGGCUUUCUCGAAUACCGCAAACGGGCUAAACAGCUUAACAAAAAAACAAAACUUGGCACUGCUUUAUUACUUACAAGCUGUAGAUACCGAGAACGAAACUAUAUAUUUGAAGAGGAAAUAAAACAGUACCUUCAACAGGGACUACUGGAUAAUGUCCACGAAGCAUAUUCUAAAGACACUGACAGUCGAUAUAAGUUCAUUCAGGAUAUUAUUGAGGAUAAGAAAGAGCAGUUUAUAAAAUUAUUAUUAGAAGAAAAUACAAAGUUGUACAUCUGUGGAGAGGGUAGGAGCAUGUUACCACGAAUCCAAGAUAUGAUAUCCACCUGUUUAAGCAAAAUAAAGAGCAUAUCCAAGGUGGACGCCGAUUCCCUCAUUAAAGAAUACAAAAAAACCGGCAAAUAUAUGUACUAUUCCAUGAUACGCUAUUAA